UUGAAUAUCAUGAUAUAUAGGGAUAUAACAUACCCUGCUGCAGUCGACGUGAUUGCAACUCAUCAAGAUGGACGAAGACCCGUCUAUGCACAGACUGGAAGGUUCUAAAUAUCAAACAGGAGGAUUGAUUAUAAAAAAGAAAUCAAAUGAAGGAAGCGGCGAAAGAAUUCUUUUCAAAGUUCCUGACGCACCUCGACGAUCGUUGCUUGGUCUUGAUACACUUGCCGCGGAGAAAAAGAAAGAGAAAAGCGGUGAUGGAGUAAAGAAAUCCAGAGUGACGUCAUAUAAGCAUGAAUGGGAUGAAAAUGAUGAUGAAGACGAAGAUGAUGAUAGCGAUGAAGAAGAGGAAGAUUACAAGAAAUAUGAAAAAUAUAGUUCUGGGUCAUCAAAACACAGACAUUACCGAGCACCUAGAGUUGAAACACCAUCCCAUCCAGGAGGAGUAAGUGAAGAGAUUAGAGAUAAACUGCACAGAAAACUAAAAGAUAGGGAAUCCAGAGGUGUGUACGCAUCAUCUAAGGACACUGAGAAAGACAACAAGUAUAGAGAUAGAGACAGGGAUAGAAGGAAAGAAAAAGGUUACAAAGGUAGAUAUGAAAGAGAACGAGAUAAACACUACACGUAUAACAGAAAUGCAGACAUGAGGUCUGAAAGAAGCUAUAAUAGGAGUAGUCGGAGCAGAGAUGAGCCAUCCUCACCAAGACACAAGCCAAGAGAGGGUGGUACACCAUCUAGAUCAACCUGGGAUGAUGAGGAUGAUGCGUCACUACGAAAAACACCAUCAACAUGGGAUAUGCCAUCUCCGUCUGGUUCAGUUCGAGAGCAUGACAGAAGUUAUAGAUCUAAUAGAAGUUCUGAAAGGAGCAGUAGGUCAAAAAGAAGGUCUGAAAAUACACCAUUACCUACGCCAUCAUAUAAAUACAACCAGUGGGCUACUAAUAGAAAGCGAUCAGGAGCAACUCCACGGUACUCUGAAGGUGAAAAAGGAGCUAAAGUUGAAACAGAGGAAGAUAAAGAAGCUUGGGAAGAUGAACAAAAAAAACUAGACAGGCAGUGGUAUGGCAUGGAUGAAGGCUAUGAUGAUCAGAACAACCCAUUUGCCUCUAUGUCCAAUGAAUAUACAAAGAAGAAAGAAGAAGAAUUCCAAAAACAAGUAGUCAAAAGGAUAUCAGCUCAGCAGAGGCAGAUUAAUAAGGAUAAUGAUAGAUGGGAGAUGAAUCGUAUGUUAACCAGCGGUGUUGUGCAGCGAGUAGACGAAGAAGCAGAGAUGGAAGAAGAUAAUGUUGCUAGGAUACAUUUACUUGUCCAUAAUAUUGUACCGCCAUUUUUAGAUGGGAGAAUUGUAUUCACCAAACAACCUGAACCUGUCAUCCCCAUCAAGGAUGGCACAUCAGACAUGGCUAUAAUAUCACGUAAAGGCAGUAUAGUUGUCAGACAGCACAGAGAACAGAAAGAAAGAAGAAAAGCACAACAUAAACACUGGGAGCUUGCUGGUACUAAACUUGGAGAUAUUAUGGGUAUAAAAGAAACUGAUGAAAAAGAUACUAACAAGGAGGGCGAUGUGGAUUACAAGUCCCAGCAACAGUUUGCUGACCAUAUGAAAAACAAGACGGAGGCCACAAGUGACUUUGCAAGGGAUAAAAGUUUGAGAGAGCAGAGGCAGUAUUUGCCCAUAUUUGCUGUCAAAGCUAAAUUGAGCAGUGUGAUACGAGAUAAUAAUGUGGUUGUCAUUGUUGGUGAGACAGGAUCUGGUAAAACUACUCAGUUGACCCAGUACUUGCAUGAAGAAGGUUUCAGUAAGUAUGGAAUGAUUGGUUGUACGCAACCACGUCGUGUUGCGGCCAUGUCAGUAGCAAAACGUGUCAGUGAAGAGAUGGAUGUUAGCUUGGGAGAAGAGGUUGGUUAUGCAAUUCGGUUUGAAGAUGUCACUUCAAAGAGAACAAUAAUUAAAUACAUGACAGAUGGUAUCUUGUUGAGGGAGUCUCUAAGUGAACCUGAUUUGGAUAACUACAGCGCUAUUAUUAUGGAUGAAGCCCAUGAACGGUCACUCAAUACUGAUGUACUAUUUGGACUGCUGAGAGAUGUUGUUGCCAGAAGACAAGAUCUGAAACUGAUUGUCACUUCAGCUACCAUGGAUGCUUCUAAGUUUGCAAGAUUCUUUGGCAAUGUGCCAAUUUUCCAGAUCCCUGGUCGUACUUUCCCAGUUGAUAUUCUCUUCAGUAAGAAUGUUGUAGAAGACUAUGUUGAUUCAUCAGUGAAACAAGCAUUACAGAUCCAUUUACAACCAGCACCUGGUGAUAUCCUUGUAUUCAUGCCAGGACAGGAAGACAUUGAAGUCACAUGUGAUCUCAUUGCGGAAAGACUUGAAGAGAUUGAGAAUGCUCCACAGUUAGCUAUCUUACCUAUCUACUCUCAGUUGCCGUCGGAUCUACAGGCAAAGAUAUUCCAGAAAGCCCCUGAUGGGGUCAGGAAAUGUGUAGUAGCUACAAAUAUUGCAGAGACGUCGCUUACUGUUGAUGGAAUAAUGUUUGUAGUGGAUUCUGGAUAUUGUAAAUUGAAAGUGUUCAACCCACGUAUUGGUAUGGAUGCUUUACAAAUAUAUCCAAUCAGUCAAGCCAAUGCAAAUCAGCGAUCUGGGCGUGCUGGCAGGACUGGACCAGGACAGUGUUAUAGACUGUACACAGAGUCUGCCUACAAGAGUGAACUGCUGACUAUGACUGUACCUGAAAUACAACGUACCAAUUUAGCCAAUGUGGUACUUUUAUUGAAAUCACUUGGUGUACAAGAUUUGCUGCAGUUUCAUUUCAUGGAUCCACCACCACAGGAUAACAUUUUGAAUUCCAUGUAUCAAUUAUGGAUUCUGGGAGCAUUGGAUAAUACUGGUAAUCUCACACCAAUAGGAAGACAGAUGGUAGAGUUUCCACUGGAUCCUGCUUUGUCAAAAGUGUUAAUUGUUUCUUGUGAUAUGGGAUGCAGUGCAGAAAUACUAAUUAUUGUUUCCAUGUUGUCAGUACCAUCUAUCUUUUUUCGGCCCAAAGGACGGGAAGAAGAAAGCGACGCUGCCAGAGAGAAGUUUGCAGUACCUGAAAGUGACCAUCUGACGUUCUUAAACGUCUAUCAACAGUGGAAAAACAAUAACUACUCAGCUAUGUGGUGCAAUGAACACUUUGUCCAUGUGAAAGCCAUGAGAAAAGUACGCGAAGUUAGGCAACAAUUGAAGGAAAUUAUGGAUCAAAGCAAGAUGGAUCUGGUGUCUUGUGGUACUGGAUGGGAUAUCAUUAGAAAGUGCAUUUGUUCUGCAUAUUUCCACCAAGCUGCUAAACUCAAGGGUAUUGGUGAAUAUGUUAAUGUACGUACGGGUAUGCCAUGCCAUUUACAUCCUACAAGUGCCUUAUAUGGUAUGGGAUUCACUCCAGAUUAUAUCGUGUAUCAUGAACUUAUCAUGACAACUAAGGAAUACAUGCAAUGUGUUACCGCAGUGGAAGGUCAAUGGUUGGCAGAACUGGGACCCAUGUUUUACAGCGUUAAAGAAUCAGGAAAGUCAAGACAUCAUAAACGACAACUUGCCAAGGAAGAAAUGAGUGCUAUGGAGGAAGAGUUAGCAAUUGCCAAUGCUCAGCUAGAAACCAGGAAGGAGGAGACGAAAGAAAAGGAAUCAGGCUCAUCAAAAAGACUGAAGAUCUUAACACCUGGCAGACGAGAAGAUCGUAUAAAGUCACCAGCAACACCUAAACGAAAACUUCCAUCAUUUGGUCUGUAGCACUGUACAGUCUGUUUAAUGAAAUCUUAAAACAACUUUGAAUGUAAUAUUGUUAAUUUCUUUCAAAUCUAUUUUUAUUAUUCAUUAUUUGUGCACAUGGAGUCUAUUUUCUUUACUUUUAAACACUAUUGAUACAUUCACAUUUUGCCUAAUGUGCGUAUCAGUGCAGUGAAGUUAUGUAAUAAACAUUCAUGUUCUUAAUAUUACUGUAAGUUUUUGCAAAUAAGCUUGUGGGACAAACUCCAUAAGAUGGACCUCAUGGUAAAAUUUUCCAGUAAAUUCAGUUCUAUACGCGAUUUACAUACAAGAUUUAUAAUCAUUGGCUGCCAGCCUUUUCCUGGUUUGUCAUUAGAAUGGUCAUGCUUUGAAACCAAAUAAUGCCAGCCUGUCUGCCAUCAAAGAGCUGAUUUGUGGUAGAACCCAGUACUACUGAACAAACUGUAACAAACAAAAGUGGUAGGCCAUUGUGCUGACCUUGUCUUUGAUUUAUAAAUCCCUUGUUUUGAAUGUACAUUAACUUUUCAGUGAUUCAAGCAAAUAUGCUCAGCCCAUUACAGUUCGUUGCCAGCAGUGACUGAUCAAAUAACAGUACUAUUUAGGCAAAUGUACACCCACACUCCUGGAUUUCUUCUAGUGAUGGAAUUUGGAAUCAAUGGAGUCUGGCCAUUGACAAUGGAUUUCUCACAUUCAUACCACUCUUUGUAACCCAUUCUUCUGGCUGUAUGUUUAUUCUUGUAAACCAACACUUGUCACUUUCUCUUUAUGCAGAUUGUAAAUUAAAUUGUUACAUUUGUAUUCAUAUAGAGAUUUUAAGCCGCUAUUGUAAAAUUUCUUUAACUUGUAAAAUUGCUAAAUAAUAAUUGUAAAACUUGCGUAAGUUGUAAACUGCUAUUAUGUUAGACUCGUACAUUUUGUAACUGGCUAAUUAAAUCUCACAUAACUUGUACACCUA